GCAAAACAUUUGUGGUCAGUCACGUCUUCCUCAGGUCCGCUGGGAGGUAUUACUUUUCAACUGUGAGGGCUUUAACACACAAAAUACCAAAACUAAUGCAACAUAAAGAGGGAAUGGUUUUCUUCCUCUCACGAGCGUGGGACAUAGAAAACUUCGAAAUCCUCGUGAGGAAUCAAAUCUCAGACCCUUAGAUUUUGUGUUCCUUUGCUCUAACACUGAGCCACACAAAAUCUCGUUGAGCUAGUGUAGGCCAUUACAAUACAUUUGAUUGAAAGUCGCAAAACCAAAACCAAAGUAAUCACAUCAGCCAAUCAGAGGGCAGGAAAAUAUCACAAGGAGCCAAUGAGGCCGCAAAGUAAAAGAAACUGAAUUGUCUGAAGCGCGAGAAAAGGCGAGUGGCCAAGUCACGAUUGCUUUUUUGUUUUCAAUCUGAUUGGUUGAGAGGAAGGCGCGAGUUUCUGAACCAAUCAUGUAGCGAAGUAAAGCAAAAUCAAGGCAGUCUGGGAUUACUUUCGAGACUCAAUUGAAAAUCACUCUAUUAGGAUCAUGUAUAAAACGUGUCACGCACACAUUGUCUGGAUCGGCAAAGUCGAAAGCCCCCUGUUGGUCAAAAAAAUAAGAUGGAUGCGUUUUUGUCAUUAUCGAAGGAGUGCCCUGAAAAAUGUGGCAUUGCCUAUGACCCCGUAUGCGCCAGUAAUGGCAAAACGUACAAGAACAUGUGUAGGUUAGAGCGGGAAAACUGCUUUGCCGAAACUAAGAUUGUAGAGCUCUACAAAGGAGAAUGUUUGAAAAGCGAAGAGGACGAAAUAGAAGAGGAAAGGAGGCCUUACGGCUGUUUGAGGGUUGGACGAGGUAAAUAUCUCACCUGCUGAAUAUCGAAUCGGGUCAUCAAAGACUUAUAUAUAGCACUAACACCAACUCGCCGGCAUGUCCCGAUAUAUAUCAUUCUACUCUGAAGAUAUUACUAAUGUGGACAAGUAAUGACGCAAUUUAAACCGGAGUUUGUGGAAUUUGAGUUAUAGUGGCAAUGUAAUAUAAUUUAAUUGCGCAUGCACCUGGCAGUGGUGAGGACAGACUGACUGACAGAUAGGCUGACUCAUAGACAGACAGACAAACAGACAGACAGGCGGACAUGUAUGUUAAUACCAUCACUUCCUUUGGCCAUGAAAGCGCAUUUCCCUAUCUUGGCUUUAAGCUAAUCAAUUCUUCUCAGUGAAAUAAAAGCUUUUAAUGUAAGCCACA